AUGAGCUUCCCCGCCUACCAAACCCCGACCCAAUACAAACCCGCGCCAAGCAGCGCCCGCUCUCCAUCCCACAACAAACGGCCACCAAUACUCGAGCGGAACCUUACGAAAGGCAGGGCUAAUGAGGUCAGCUUGUCGGCGUUCGCGUUCCUGUUCAGCGAGAUGUUGAGUUACGCGACAAAGAAGAGUAGCGGGAUACAGGAUAUGGAGAAAAAACUCUCCGACUUUGGCUACCGCGUCGGCAUCCGCACCCUCGAACUCAUCAUCUUCCGCGACCGCACCGGCCGCCGAGACACGCGCCUCCUCAGCGUGCUCUCGUUCAUCCAUUCAACGGUGUGGAAAACGCUGUUUGGGAAGGCCGCGGAUUCGUUGGAGAAGGGGACUGAGAACGAGGACGAGUAUAUGAUAUCCGACAACGAACCCAACGUCACGAAAUUCAUCGCGGUCCCCAAGGAAAUGUCGCAGCUGAGUUGUGGGGCGUUCAUCGGGGGGAUCGUUGAGGCCGUACUAGACGGAUCUGGCUUUCCGGCGAAAGUAAGCGCGCACGCGACAGCGUCGGACCAGUUUCCGUUGCGGACGACGAUUUUGAUGAAGUUUGAUAAGAGUGGUGAGUUGGGGGAAUUGCGCAUACGCUGCUAUUGUUGA